CGCCCCCAGCCGGAGGCGCCCGGAAGCCUGGCUGGCCCGCCCGCGCCCCGGACCUCUCCAGCCCGCCGAGCCCUCCCCGGGGGCGGAGACGGCCGGCCUCCCGCGCACCCUUCUGGGGAGCCAGCCGAGCCACCGCCCCGGAACUCCCGGCAGCCGAGCAGGAGGCCCGCAAGACGGCCAGACCGCCUCGGCCCCUCGCCGGAGCCAAGCGGCGCAGCACCGACGGCGGAGUCCCGCUGGGGCCGCUCGGAGCGCUUUUGGCCGCGCGUAAAGGCGCCGGUGGGGCGGUGGGUAUCAUCCCCGGACCAGGGAAGGAGCGGCGGCAGCAGCAGUCCGGGGGAGUUGCUUUGAAGUGGAAACAGGAAGGGCAGGACCAUGCCGCCCUCCAAAGAUGUUGUGAAAAUUGCUGUCCAGAUGAUGGGAGCCAUCCCCCAGCUCAUUGAACUUAACCAGGCAAAGCCCUUGUCUGCAGUUGUGAAAGAAGUUUGUGAAGCGUGGAACUUGAAUAAUUCGGAACGUUAUGCCCUGCAGUAUGUGGACGGCCAGCAGGCCUACAUCACGGAGUCGAACCGUGGAGAGAUUAAAAACGGGAGCAUCCUGCAGCUGACGACUGCACCGGAUCACGAGGCAGUGAAGCUACACGCUGGGAUCCAGAGCAACCACAUGAAUGUAAAGACAGACUCUUUGAAGAAACUGGCCAGCCUUUCCCGAGACGUUGCUUUCGCUCAGGAGUUCAUCAGCAGGAAUGGCCUGCACCAGCUCUUCCUCAUUGUGGAAGAGGAGAACAAUACAGGGGACACUCUAGCGCACGCUCUGAAGGCCUUCAUGGAGCUGAUGGAACAUGACUUCGUUUCUUGGGAGACCCUCAGUCCAACCUUCAUUAAAAAAAUCGUGAGCUACGUCACUGUUGCCUCGAUGGACCCCCCCAUCAGGCAGCUUUCACUAGCCAUCUUGGAGAACAUGGUGCCCACCAGCCGCUCACUUUUUGAGCUGGUCAAGCAUGAAGUGACUCUGGACCGCCUCAUUGCUCUUCUGCAAGAGAUGAUUCAGCCCCUGCAACUGAAAGCUAUGGCUCUCCUUAUUGCUCUGCUCCUCAAUGCCAGUGAGCCGGAGAGGAGGGCCAUGAUGGACUAUCUGGGGGAGAAGAACCUCCGGCAGUUUAUUCACAAGAACAUUGUCCAUGCCUUGGAGCCAAUUGGUGACGAGAUGGCCCACUACCUCUACGUGCUGCAGUCCCUCAUGCUGAACCUUCUGGAACAUCGGAUGAGGACUCCCAUGGAUCCUUAUUCACAGGAGCAGAGGGAGCUUCUGCAGUCGCUGCGCCACUCCGCCUUCGAGUUGGAGAACGACUCUUCCUCCAGCAGUUUCAACACCGAACGACGGCGCUCUCUCUGUGCCAAGGAAUUCCGCAAGCUGGGCUUUGUGAAUAACAGUAAUCCUGCCAUGGAUUUGCACCGUAUCCCUCCUGGGCUUCUUGCCUUGGACAGCAUGGUCUACUUCUCCAGACACUUCCCAAGUGCCUACAGCCGGUUCAUCCUUGAGAACAGCAGCCGAGAAGACAAGCACGAGUGCCCAUUUGCCCGGAGCAGCAUCCAGCUUGCCUUCAUACUCUGCGAGAUCCUUCACGUGGGGGAGCCUUGCUCCGAGACCGCCCAGGCUUUUUACCCCAUGUUCUUCGGCCAAGAACACUUUUUCGAGGAGCUCUUCUGUAUCUGCAUACAGCUGUUGAACAAGACCUGGAAGGAAAUGCGAGCGACGCAGGAAGAUUUUGACAAGGUGAUGCAAGUGGUCCGGGAGCAAAUCACCAGGACUCUGAUCUUAAGGCCCACCUCCUUGGAACUCUUCAAGAGCCGAGUGAAUGCCCUGAACUACAGCGAGAUCCUGCGUCUCCGCCAGACGGAACGAAUGCACCAGGAGGAGAUUUUAGCUGCGCCAGUCCUGGAGCUGAGAGAGCAGCUGAAACCAGAACUGCUCAAGCUGAUCCAGCAGCAGAGGCUUCUACACCUCUGCGAAGGAACGCUUUUCCGUAAGAUCAGCAGCCGGCGCAGGCAGGAUAAGCUCUGGUACUGCCGCCUUUCUCCCAACUACAAAUUUCUGCACUAUGGAGAUGUUGAAGAAGGUACAGAAAGCCCACCUGUCGAAAGCCUGCAGGACAAAGUUCCUGUGGCAGAUAUGAAAGCACUCUUGGUUGGCCGGGACUGCCCACAUACAAAGGAGAAGAGUUCUGGCAAGCAGAAUAAGGAUCUUCUGGACCUUGCCUUUUCCAUAAGCUAUGAUGUUGGAGAAUAUUUGAAUUUUAUUGCCCCGACACGAUACGAGUUCUGCCUGUGGACAGAUGGGUUGAAUGUGCUCCUGGGCCGAGACAUGGCAAGCGAGCGCACCCAGACCGACCUGGAUAUCCUGCUGUCGAUGGAGCUGAAACUGCGGCUGCUAGACCUGGAGAACAUUCCCAUCCCAGAUGCCCCACCGGUCAUCCCAAAGCCCCCCAGUAACUUAAACUUCUGCUAUGAUUUCACCCAUGUGGAACAGUGAAGGCUGCUGCUGCUUCCAAGCGUAUGCUGCCCUUUGCCCACGGCCAUCCCACCUCUUCUCAAGGUCUAUGGCUGAUCUUCCACAUUAUGGGUUGGAAGGUCAGGGGUGUUCCCUGGGCCUGUGCACCCCCUUUUCCUUCCCCCACCUUUCUCACUUGUGGAUUUUUUCUUCCAUUUGCGUUAGCAGAAUUUCCCAUGAUGUCCAAGAUAGGCAAACAAAGGAUUUGCACUAACCUUCAAACCGUGGUUUGAGGUUAGUACUAAUCACAGUUUGGCCAAUCCAGACAUCAGAGCUAAUUAAUGCAAUCCAGGGAAAGGAGGGAAGGAUUAUAUGAGCUCUCUGUGCAUUCCUAAUCACCUGAAGCCUUACUCACAAGUGACAAUGCACACAUGUACAAUCUGUAUACAGCAUACAAUUUUCCUUUAUGCAUGCAUUGAAUAAUUAUCAUGUUACAUUCAAUGCAUAUACAGCAGAACAAGUGAUUUAAUCUAUUUAUUCGAUGAUGGAGGUACUAGUAUUUAUCUAGGUAAUAACCCCUGGGUUCAUUUGUAGAUUACACACUAGCUGUUUCUUAACAAAGUACCCACGUACGUUCAGGACGUAUGUAUGUUCACUGUAAUGUGAACAGGGCUUUUAUGGCGCCUGGACGUGAUGCGUAUGUUUGUACUACUAAAACCAAUCGGAAAAUCCAUUUUCAGUUAUCAGAAAUUGCUAGAUCUUUCUCAAUUGUCCACAUUUCUCAGGUUAGGAUUCUUCUGAGUUGAUUUUAAACUUUUUUUUAUUUUGCAAAUGUAACCACUAGGUGUGCUUGAUGGCGGAGGCAAACAACAUGGGGAUUGAAAGAGGGAAAAUUUGAACCCAUUUACGCCUUCUGUUUUCUCACAGGAAAAAGCCACCCAAGCUUCCUUCGGCAUUUUUCCGCCUAGUUGGAAAAAACCCACCACAGGAGCGACUUUUUAAAGAUGCUUUAAAAUAACCACAGGAAGCAAUCAUGAAGUGGGAUUAAGCCCCCAUUUUGGACGUGCCCAAUAGAAUCUGAUUGCUUCUGCACUUAGGUUUCCUACGUCGGGCUGACCUAAGAAACUUGGUAGGGUUGUGCUCGCUGUCAGAAAAAGUGUUCCCAGUUUUCUUUACUGGUUUGGGCUGCUGACGAAACACAAGCUUCUUUUGGCCUACAGUGAAUAUAAGAAGGGGCAGGAAGCCGUUCUAGAACAGCCAGGUGCUUGGUCUAGCGCCCAGCAUCAGUUCCCAACAGUGGCCAGCUAGAUUCGUCCAAUCAUUUGCAAGCGAGUCACAAAUCUUCCCCAACUAUCCCCUCAUUUUUAUGAGGAAUUCUAGGAUUACUGUUGAUGGUACAAUCCACAAGAGCCCCAAGCAAGGCAUUUUGAUGGUAUCUGGUGGAUGGAAUCCAUUUUUUCCUUUAGCUUUUUUCCCAAGCAAGCCAGGGUGAAAUGAAUGGCUUCUUCGUUCCCUGUGCCACCCAAACAUUUUCAGUUUUUGUUUAGCUGAUGGCACUUGAUCUGCCUUUGGUACAUUCUUGUGAGGCAGAAAUUAGCACUUUACCAAACUAGCUCCCUCCCACAGGCGCAGGUACGUUGCCAGUCUACCUGAGCAACAGAAGAGGGCUGAAAUGGUGGGGGCAGAUACGCUAUUCAGAAAUGCAGGUCCAUUUUGUUUUUUCUUUUGGGAGCUGCCAGCUGGGUGUGGUACAGGAAGGCUCCCCUUCUCCUCUCAGAAUACUUUCCAUCUUGUGCCUAUUCAGAAACAUAUUCUGAAACAGCGCCCUGAUAUUCUCUGCUCACAUGUGUGAUUCAGUAUGUCCAGCAAGAACUGUAUGUACUUUAAAAAAGAAAACCAAACAAAUACAAAUUCUACAUUGGCAGAAGCAGAUUGGGUGACUGGGGCAAGUCUGCACGUUUUGGAUAGUUUUGUUUCACGUAAUUCUGCACUGUUUACCAUUUUGUAUAACUUGUGCCAUUUCUGUUGGCCUUAGGGAAAGCCAACGGGCUUCAGCCCUGCCCUCUGGCUAACAGCUGUUUUUCUUCCUUCUGACAUUGUAUCUGCACGCUUUUUCAAACCUGCUUUUUUGAUUGAUGGCUUGGGGGGGAAAAAGCAAAAGGUGAGAUUCUCAGGAAAUUGAUUUCUACACCCACUGUCACCUUUUACUGUUGAUUUCCUUCUGCACAAAAUGGUGGUUAGUCACACUUCUGUUUUUUAGCCUUUUUUAAAACUAGCUGAUUUUGAGUAUUCUAAAGAGAUCCGGGGGGGAGAUGUCAAAUUGAGGUUGACACCUCUGAGCAUCCCAGCUCCCUCCCAAUUACAGGGAGAUUUAGUACUUUGAGGCUGAAGCUCACCCUUCCAUACCAGUCGCAUGCCUUUCAGGGCACUUUGGCCUCAACAGGGUAGGGCUCCGCCUGAUACUGGCUGUCUUGGAUUGCCUGACAGCCACUCACUCCAUCAGAACCUCAGUAUUUUGGACAGAGGCAGAGCUUUCUGGAGAUGCUUUGGGUUGGAGAUACCAGGUUUGCACUGGGAACCUUGUGAAGGAGAGAAGCUGCCACUGGCCCACCCCCUGUAGGGAUCUUGUUCCCAGCUUGGAAGAUCAUCAGCGGCACUUCUUUCUCCUACCUGUUUUGAAGAACACGUGACUGUUUUUUGUAUGAACGCUGUAAAUGUAGCACAGAUGUCUCUUUCCCCCCAGAUACGAUGUGCCCUCUUUAGAAACACAAUGAGUCCACUGCACUGGAAAUUCCAUUUUUUUCACUUCUUUUUGUAUUAAUGGUUCUUGUGGAACAUUGACCAAUAGACCCUUUCCCUCACCCUCCUGAGCAAGACUUGGAAAGGGACUUCUGGGCCUCUCUGUUUUCUCCCUGCUCAGGUGCAUCUACUGUAACGUGUUCACUAUGGCACUGCCCCAGGACUGAAACUAUUAAAAGGGAAAUGAUUUUGAUGGA